CAAAUGUCUGGGUCUUCAAUAAUCAAUUAAUUAAAGAUAUCGCAGCAGGUGCACAAGACUAUACAAACGACGAUCGGAAAACAAGUCAGACAAAAUCAUUCAGCCAACGAAAUCAUGGAUAAAAGGAUUUUUAAUUUAUUGGUCAUGUUCCAAUCAUCGAGUGUGUUCCUUCUGACUAUAAUUUUGUUGCAAGCUUUCUUGUGCCGCUGUAGGCUAAUUAUAAUAUCAAGCAUCAGUGCAGUGUAAAGUAUAGGCGACGCAAAAUUGCCUUGUUUGUCUUAAAAUUACCCCUCUCUCAUUACGACGUCCAUUAUAAUUGAUUGCAUUUCUGUCACAACAAUCAAAGCCCAAACGAACAAACGUUUCAGCAGAGGCUGAACAUUAAUCGUACGACUCCGUCAAGACGUGCUGGCAUCAAAUCAAAUUUCAUUAGCGGCGGAGUUUCAAUUAUAGGUCCGGAAAUUGAAGAUUACUCAUUGCGUGUGUCCCAUAGCUAUGUGUGAAGCAGUUUUCGCUUUGCUGUCACGAAACUUCAUUCAGUUUCGCUUCUGCCGUCUCGACUAAUGUCCUCGUCAGCGCCUUCCACUUCUUCUUUGUCAAUAGCCGUAGCUGCUCCAAGUUGGCAGCGUUGUGUAGGCGCUUGCCUGCCGUCUUCAGGUCGUUGUCGAGAACGCAUGGUAGCGUGGUAUACGGGGAUGAAUUUCUGAGUGGCAGCCGUAGAACGUGGCCGGAGAGUCGCCAUUAUCGUAUAAACAUUUCAUCACAGGCAAGUCAAGCGGAAUAAUGGUUCCCCUCAUCACAGGACUGGGUUGCCGCUCGGCUUGUUUAUGAUCAAUCCUCAGAACCCGUGUGGAAAUUUCACUUCAUUUUUUCUCAACUCAUCAUUUCAUCGAUGGAGUCGUGACUUACAUUAGCUGAUUUCAAAAUUCAGUACCUUUCCAGGUAAAUGGAUAACAACGAACACGUACGCGUCGUAUCCAAGCAAUUAUCCUUGCGGGUUAUAAUAAAUUACCCAGGAAACUCGUCAAUGCUUUGGUGUUUGUGUGGGCGUUUACGGAACGUGUAGUGACCGAGAACAGGAGGACCAUUCUGAUCGCUGGAAGCUUGUUCAGAGCAGUGGAUGUCAUUUGCAGCACUUCGAAUCCUGUCGCAAGCCGUUAAUAUUAACGCUAAGUUAUCCCGGGCAGUAUGUGCUUUGGAUGGACCAAUAAUUUUGAUGCUGCGGAUGAACCAUUGAUGUAGAUGUAUGGAAUACGGUCCGAGAGCUAAAGUGUCUGGAAAAGCCAUACGGAGGUUCAGCCUUCAUGAAUGAAUGAGUGCAUCGGUGCAACUUCUAGGGGAUGAUCACUGAUCGACAGUCAUCAUGAGAUUCUUUCUUAAGCUGAUAUUGAUUUCAGCUUGGCUGGGUAUAAUUCCUCAAAGCAGUCAAGUCAAUGCUCUCUGCAGCACACCUUACUGCCCGCCUCCGUGGCUUGCUUUCCAGGGGCACUGCUACCAGUGGGUGGACAAACAAAUGUCUUGGAUGGAUGCUGAGCGCCACUGCCAGAUGCUAUCCCAUCCGGGUAAGAUGGUCCACCUUGCGUCCAUCCACAGUGAAGAGGAGGACGAAUUCAUCAGCGAUUAUGUCAAAGAGGCGUCUGGCAACCCGAGCAAUCCUCCCGGAUACUGGAUGGGAUACAACGACCACCAACAGGAGAACACCUUCACGUGGACGGAUGGCUCAGAUUCAGCAUAUGACAAUUGGCAACCGCGUGAGCCCAAUGAUAGCAACGGUGAAGACUGUGUGGAGCGGCAUCAGUUUUUCAAUAAGUGGAAUGAUCUUGAUUGUUCUAAUAAACUGACAUUUGUCUGCAAAAUGUAGAACAAAAUUGAGGAGCUAUGGACAAGGAAUGAUAUGCAGAUUUGAUAUGGAGGUUGGGAAAACCAACCGGCCGUGUUCGCAUGAUAAUGGAUGUACUUUGCAAAGGAGAGACACAUGCCUUUGCGUACUUUUUAUUGUUAAAGAAUAAAACAGAUUACAAGCCAGAUGUACAAUGUAUAUGUAGGUACAAUUAUUUUAACCUUUUAUUGGAUAUAUGUUUCCCUGUAGUUUGCCAUGCAAAUACAGGCCUGAUCCGUACUGCGGUUUCUCUUGGCGGUUAUUAUACGCCUAGAUUUAAUUUAAUGUACUAUGUAGUGGAAAGAUUAUCAAAAAAAAGUUAUCACUAUUAAAGGGAAGAUACAACAUUUGCAAACAUCAA